GCUGCUCAGGCUACUCCUCAACUGAGUGUCUAUUCAUCCCCUUUUAAUCUUAGUUGAUGGGGUCGGUUGUAUCACAAAACACUGUGUAGAGAAAAGAAAGAGGGUGCAGCAAACAAAGAACAGAAGAGAAAAAGAAGAAACCAUCCCCUUAAUAUCAGAUUUGCAGAGGGACACUAAAGGCGACGGCAACUGAGAGAAAUUGAAUGAGGCAAGUGUACAUUAACGAUUGAGAGAGUGCUGUGCUGCAGUCGCAUCCCACAGCAGACGGCAGAGGACUGCCGCUGUGUGUGUGUGACUGCACUGCUGAAGAGGAGGAGUAAGAGGCAGAGAGUGAGCACGCUCAGACUCUGCAGGACCAUAGAGGAACGCAGCAGUAGCGGCAGCAGCACCAGUGUUGGUACUCAUCAGGUAAAGGUCCCAGCACCGUAAGAUCUGGACAGGCUGACACCACCCAGACUCCCUCCAACACCAUGGCUCAAGCAGCCAAACACCUCCGCAAGAACAAGGAUUUAGAAGCCCAGGCUGAACAGGAGCGCAAAGAGAAAGAAGAAGAAAAGGUCAAGAAGAGGAGCCGCUCACGGGAUAAAAAGCGCAAGGCCCACGCCGUGCAUCGCUGGCUAAUCGAUCAGGACAGUAGUGUGAGCUCUGAGAUGCCGGAUGGCCAAGGAGUAUGGCUCUAUGAUGAUGAAGCAGAUGCUGGCAACAGUUUUCUCCGAGCGGCCCGUUCUGGCAACCUGGACAAGGCUCUCGAACACAUUAAGAACGGCAUUGAUAUAAAUACAGCCAAUCAGAAUGGGCUCAAUGGGCUGCAUCUGGCCUCAAAAGAAGGUCAUGUCAAAAUGGUGCUGGAGUUACUUCACAACGGAAUUGUACUGGAGACCACUACAAAGAAAGGAAACACGGCCCUGCACAUUGCGGCCUUGGCAGGACAGGAGCAAGUGGUCACAGAGCUGGUUAACUAUGGGGCCAACGUCAACGCUCAGUCCCAGAAGGGUUUCACUCCACUCUACAUGGCUGCACAAGAAAACCAUCUAGAGGUUGUGAAGUUUCUUCUGGAGAACGGGGCUAAUCAGAGCAUUCCAACUGAGGAUGGAUUCACUCCUCUGGCUGUGGCUCUGCAGCAAGGCCAUGAAAAUAUUGUCGCCCUGCUCAUCAACUAUGGCACCAAGGGAAAGGUUCGACUCCCUGCGUUGCACAUUGCAGCGCGUAAUGAUGAUACACGCACAGCUGCAGUACUUUUGCAGAACGACCCAAACCCUGAUGUGCUCAGCAAGACUGGAUUCACACCUCUCCACAUUGCUGCACACUAUGAAAACUUGAACGUGGCUCAACUUCUUCUCAACAGAGGCGCUAAUGUCAAUUUUACCCCAAAGAAUGGCAUCACACCCCUUCACAUUGCAUCCAGGCGAGGCAAUGUGAUCAUGGUCCGACUCCUCCUGGAUAGAGGAGCACAAAUAGAUGCCAAGACCAAGGAUGAGCUCACUCCUCUGCACUGUGCAGCCAGAAAUGGUCAUGUCAGGAUCAUAGAGAUUCUUCUUGACAAUGGAGCCCCCAUUCAGGCAAAGACCAAGAAUGGCCUGUCUCCAAUCCAUAUGGCAGCACAGGGGGACCAUUUGGACUGUGUCAAGCAGCUACUGCAAUACAAUGCAGACAUUGAUGACAUCACACUGGAUCACCUGACACCUCUGCAUGUGGCUGCACACUGUGGACACCACAGAAUGGCUAAAGUUCUGCUGGAUAAGGGGGCCAAACCCAACUCUCGGGCACUGAAUGGCUUUACUCCUUUGCAUAUUGCUUGUAAAAAGAACCACAUGCGCGUGAUGGAUCUUCUGCUCAAACAUGCUGCAUCAUUAGAGGCGGUGACUGAGUCUGGCUUAACACCCUUACAUGUGGCAUCUUUCAUGGGUCACCUCAACAUUGUGAAGAUACUGCUGCAAAAAGGAGCUUCACCUAGUGCUUCCAAUGUGAAAGUGGAAACCCCUCUCCAUAUGGCAUCUCGAGCAGGGCACUUUGAAGUGGCAGAGUUUUUAUUACAGAACGCUGCACCGGUAGAUGCCAAGGCCAAGGAUGACCAAACACCAUUGCAUUGUGCUGCAAGAAUGGGCCACAAAGAGCUUGUAAAGCUGCUCUUGGAACACAAAGCCAAACCCAACUCCACAACGACAGCAGGACACACACCUCUUCAUAUUGCUGCCCGUGAGGGUCAUGUGCAAACCGUACGCAUCCUGCUGGAUAUGGAAGCACAGCAAACUAAGAUGACUAAGAAAGGCUUCACUCCCCUUCAUGUGGCUUCCAAGUACGGCAAGGUAGAUGUUGCUGAGCUGCUGUUGGAGAGAGGAGCUAACCCAAAUGCUGCUGGAAAGAACGGUCUGACUCCACUGCAUGUUGCAGUGCAUCACAACAACCUAGAUGUUGUCAACCUGCUUGUCAGCAAAGGAGGGUCACCACACAGUGCAGCCAGGAACGGCUACACCGCCCUCCAUAUUGCAUCCAAGCAGAAUCAGAUGGAGGUGGCUAACAGCCUGUUGCAAUAUGGAGCUUCAGCCAAUGCUGAAUCUCUACAGGGAGUCACACCUCUCCACCUGGCCUCGCAGGAAGGAAGGCCCGAUAUGGUCUCGCUGCUUAUUUCUAAACAGGCGAAUGUCAACCUUGGCAAUAAGAGUGGACUUACUCCUCUCCACCUUGUGGCGCAAGAAGGACAUGUUGGCAUUGCAGACAUCUUGGUCAAGCAAGGAGCUUCAGUCUAUGCUGCCACACGGAUGGGCUACACGCCUCUUCAUGUAGCAUGUCACUAUGGCAACAUCAAAAUGGUGAAGUUCCUGCUGCAGCAGCAAGCCAAUGUCAACAGUAAAACACGGCUUGGUUACACUCCAUUGCAUCAGGCCGCCCAGCAGGGUCACACAGACAUUGUAACACUGCUGCUGAAGCAUGGCGCUCAGCCUAACGAGACCACCACGAACGGUACAUCAGCGCUUGCCAUUGCCAAGAGGCUCGGGUACAUCUCUGUGAUUGAUGUUCUGAAGCUUGUGACAGAAGAGACUGUUUCCAUGACCACUACAGAGAAACACCGGAUGAGUUUCCCAGAAACAGUGGAUGAGAUACUGGAUGUGUCUGAGGAUGAAGGACUUGCACAGCUAACAUUAGGAGAGGAGCUCCUGGGGACAGAAGGGGCCAGGUACAUGAAGAUGGAUGACAUGAAAGACCAUGAUGACGAUUUCCUCUCCCCCAAGAAAUCACUGGAGUACGAGAGAGGGCUGGGCACAGCAAAUUACUCACCAGCCAUUCCCAGGAUUCCACGUGUUUCUCCUGAGACUGUGAACCUGAAAGAGCGUGAGAUAGAUCAGCAAUACACUCCACUUCCACUGCCAAAAGAGUAUGAUGAAGACUCGCUCAUUCCCAGCAGCCCGGCGACUGAGACGUCAGACAACGUCAGCCCAGUUGCCAGUCCCAUACAUACAGGGUUUCUGGUCAGCUUUAUGGUGGAUGCUCGUGGUGGCUCAAUGCGUGGCAGCAGACAUAAUGGCCUGCGUGUCAUAAUACCGCCAAGGACCUGUGCGGCCCCCACGCGCAUCACCUGCCGCCUGGUGAAGCCACAGAAGCUUACCAACCCUCCUCCACUGGUAGAAGGAGAGGGCCUGGCCAGCAGAAUAAUCUCCCUUGGGCCAGCUGGCAUGCAGUUUCUAGGCCCAGUGAUUGUGGAGAUCCCUCACUUUGCUGCGCUGGGUCGUGGUGACCGUGAGCUUGUGGUGCUGAGGAGUGAGAAUGGAUCUGUGUGGAAAGAACACCGUAAUCGCUAUGGCGAUGAGGUUCUCGAGACCAUCCUGAAUGGGAUGGAUGAGGACUUGGAAAGUCAGGAGGAACUCGGGAAGAAGCGAAUCCGCCGCAUCAUAUCAACUGAUUUCCCGCUUUAUUUUGCCGUCGUAUCAAGAGUCCAGCAAGAGAGCGACCUGAUUGGCCCCGAGGGGGGCUCAUUGACGAGCAAGCUGGUGCCGAUGGUUCAGGCUACGUUUCCAGAGACGGCAGUCACCAAGCGAGUCCGUCUGGGGCUGCAGGCUCAGCCCGUUCCUGAUGAGCUGGUGGCCAAGCUGCUCGGUAACCAGGCCAACUUUAGUCCUGUGGUCACGGUGGAGCCUCGGCGGCGCAAGUUCCACCGACCUAUUGGCUUACGCAUCCCCUUGCCGCCAUCCUGGAGGGACAGCCCUCGAGACUCUGGGGAGGGCGACACCACCAGUCUGCGUCUUCUCUGCUCUGUCAUAGGUGGAACAGCUGCAGCCCAGUGGGAAGACAUCACUGGUACCACAAAGCUUAUCUAUGCUAACGACUGUGCCAGUUUUACAACCAAUGUCUCUGCAAGGUUCUGGCUGGCAGACUGCCCCCGUACAGCAGAGUCGGUGUCCUUUGCCAACCUUCUCUACAAAGAGCUGUCUGCUGUACCCUACAUGGCGAAGUUUGUUGUGUUCGCAAAGAUGAAUGAGUUACGGGAAGGCCGACUGCGCUGCUACUGCAUGACAGACGACAAGAUGGAUAAAACACUGGAACAGCAUGAAAACUUCACAGAGGUGGCCCGGAGCAGAGACAUUGAGGUACUGGAGGGAAUGCCGCUUCACCUGGAAUGUUCAGGGAAUCUGGUGCCAGUGCGCAAGGCAGCCCAGCAACCUCGCUGCUUCAGCUUCCAGGCUUUCAGAGACAACAGACUUCCUGUCUCAGUUAAGGUGAGAGACAGCAGCAGAGAGCCGACUGGCUUCCUGUCUUUCCUGCGUAAAACAACUAAGUAUGAAGACAGUCAACAUGUGUUGUGUAACCUCAACAUCACCAUGCCUCCUUGUAUCAAGAUUCUUGGAAGUGAAGACCGCAGACGAACUUUGACCCCGCUGGCACUGAGAGAAAGAUACAGCGCCCUGAAUGAACCUGCUAUGGCUUCAAUGAGUGCAAUGGAGCGCACUGAACUCAAGAUGGCUGUGAUAGCAGAGCAGUUGGGACUGAGCUGGGCCGAGUUGGCACGUGAGCUUCAGCUCAGCGUGGAUGACAUCAACAAGAUUCGGGUGGAGAAUCCAAACUCUCUGCUGGAGCAGAGCUCUGCAUUGCUCAACCUGUGGGCGACACGCGAGGGCAAAAGAGCCAAAAUGGAGAGCUUGUAUACAGCCCUGAAGAGCAUUGACCGCAUGGACAUCAUCACAAUGUUGGAGGGCCAACCAGCACAGCCCACCAGACAAAGCUCCCGUGAUCUCAGCAGACGACGACACGACGACAGAGACCACCUCUCUCCUGCUAUGACUAAUGGUAAUAACAGCAACAUGCUCAUGGACUCAGGACACUCCUACUGCAGUUAUGGGCUGGCGCAGGAUGAGCUUCUGUCCCCUGCCUCAAUGCAGUACAGCCUACCCUCACCGCUGGGCGCUGAGGCCUACUGGCAGGAAGUCUCCAGCCUGGAUUGUGCACCCAUUGCCACCACAGAGGAGGACACCCUCAUGGAGAUGUCUGACGUGCAGGUGUGGCCCUCAGGUAACUCCCCCUCCCUGGUGCCUGUUGAGGACUCCUCGCUGGAGUGCAGUAAUGCUGACGACUCUGAGGGUCUGCUCGGGCUGCCCUAUGGAAGUCUGGGUAGACCGGCCAGUCAGGCCAGCGCCACCAGCGGAGGGGGUGGUGUGCUCAGCUCCAUCGAACUCCCCGAAGAUGAUUCCGAAAUGGGCGUUGACUCUCUCAGCACCGCCACUCCGGCCUCUCUCGGCAGUACCAUCGCUGGUAUCAAUCUUAACGGACUGAACAAUGGUCAGGGGUCAGAGGCAAGUUCGGAGAUAUCGGCCAUCACUAGUACGACUGGUGGCAAUGGAGGAGGAGGAGAAGGAGGGACAGGCUCAGAGGAAGGGCUUUCUCUUGUUUCAGGACAACAAAGGCUGUAUGCCCGACUUAGUGAGUCAGCCGGUCACGCCUGUGUUGCAGAUCGGAAUGGAGACAGGUCUGCUAAUGGUGGAAGUGGAAAUGGAAGUGGCUCUUUCAUCUCCUACCUGCAGGAACAGACAGGCCCAGGAUGGAUCCCUGGUACUGACCCACAGGCCUGGGUGGGCAACCCACCAAAGGCCAGGCAGGUCAUUGACACCAUGAUAUCCUCAUGCUGCAAUUCCGUGGACGGAGACCAGUCCCAUGUAUCCCAGGAGGCAUUGCUGCAGCCUGUGAGGGACAUGGGGCAUUCUGAGAUUUUACGGGGCCACUUCCGGGGUACCCAGCCAUUUGAGAGGGGUUUGGGCUUCCCGCACAGGACCCCAGAGAUGAGGGCCUGGGAUGAUAUGCGCUUCAAAGGACAGGGUGAUGAAGCUGAAGAUCUUCCUGGGGAGCAGGUCAGCGAGGAGCAGUUUACAGAUGAACAUGGAAACAUUGUGACUAAAAAGAUUGUGCGAAAGGUUGUGCGCAGAGGCAAGGGUGAAGAGGCUGUUCAAGACGUGAGCAUGGAGGGUUCUCUGCAGGACGCCAACGAUCUGGAAGUAGACGCCGAGCAGUUCAUGAGCUACGCCAUCCUGGGCCGGGAAAGCAGCAAGCCCGAUACUGUGGAUACUGUGAAGAAAGGUGCUCAGAUAGUGAAAUGUGCCAGUCUGCGGAGAGUUAAGCAGUGAGGCAGGCUGAGUGCUGCUUUGCCGCAGAGUUCUCUGCAGGACUCCACCCCCUCACCAAAAACCUCCUACAUGGACACAUGACCAGCAACAGCUGACACAAACUGAAGAACACUCACAAAAAAAUGGCAGAAAGAAAGAAAUGAAUGGCACCAACUCAUUGCUGCUGCACAUACAAGAAAGAUAAUUGUAGUUUUUAUGACCUUUUUAUUUGAAUUUAAGAAACCACGAGGACAAACGACCUCCUACUAAACUAGAAGCAUGAUUUCUUAUAAAACAAAACAGACAAAAAAACAUAGCAACCAAAAACAUGCUUCCUAUUGUCUGUGUCAGCAUGAGCGACUGCCGCCGCAUGGCCUGUCUUUAACUACAAAUACCGGGGAGGGAGUG